AUGAUAUGUCGUGAAUCGUGUCUUGGACUUAUUCAUGUCUGUCAUGAAUUGUGGGAAAUUUAUAUAACGUAUUCAAAAAUUCGCUCCCCGGGGAAAAAGAAACUCUGCAAUCCUCUACAACUGCAACCGUAUAGGAAUGCUGGUGACUCUCCAGAAUGCUGGUAUUUCAAUGGAUUCGCAAACUACACAGGUAACAUUAGGAACCAGCGAAGCAUCCAGAGUUGGUGAGACCGUGGGAGGAUUUACCUCAAAUUUGAAUUUCGACAUUAGAACGUGUGAUAGUGCACCAGUCGCGGUAGCUUGCCUCAAAUAGGGGUGGGGAGCAGUAUCGGGCGUACUCCGGCAUUAUAUUUUACAUUUUAUCAUGACAUUUUUGUCAAUUUCCCUACUGUAAGAUAACCAUAUUUGGUCAAAGUAUGUCAACUUUUCUGCCUAGUUAUCAUUCUAGUGGAAACAACAAAUUGAAGCACCGAAGUAUCUGCAGAAGUAAUAGCAAAAACGUUUAAAAUUAUCUAGUGAAUACUCAAAUUUCCAUAGAUUUGCAUCAUUCUUCUAAUGCAUUCAAAAUUCCAUUUCACUUUCCUUUCAAAUGUCAUAAAAUAUGGAAAUAUCCAUAAAAGUGGAAAUAUUCUCCACUCGCUCCCAAGUCUCACGACAAAGAAAAAACGAAAAACUAAGGAAAAGUGACUGAUGAUGUGUUGUAGUGAUGAUCAAUCAUCCUGAUCCUUGCAUGGGCUACAUGUAAUUGUCAAAUUGCUAACCCUAUGCCCAAUAUCCCCGUAGAGUUUUUUCCACAUUGAUAACAAUUGUAAUACCAGGUUGUGGAAGAAACAGAGGGGACUGGGGUACUCUCCCAGAAAUGUUUUAUAUUUUUGAAGCUCCAGACUGCAGACUUCAGACUGUUGGUAAAUAAAAGCUUUAUCAGCAUGACUAUAAAUUUACAGUAUUGCUAAAACAUAUAAAAGUUAUAAUAAUAUAUAGAAAACUAUGGUAAACAAGGAUUGUACAAUUUACCGCGCACCCCCCCCCCCUCCCACUCCCCCAGUAUAUCCAUUACUGUAUCUAUGUUCAUUGUAGUUCGUUUUUGCUCAAUUUUAGAUACAACUCCCGUUCCAGAAUGGUCUAUAAAUGCAGGUAAGCAACUCAGCGAGUGCCAAAAUCAAGUUUAUGUUAAACCUAAUUAUAAAUUUCCGAAUUAGCCAGGGGCCGAGACAGCCUGGGCUGUUGAAGGAACAGUGGUUCGAGAAAAGUUCGAUAUCUGCGGUAUGCAGCUGAAGCCUACUAGUCAAUCUUCGAAUGAAGAUUAGACAUGCCAGCCGCAAACAUUUUAAAACUUCAGGCUUAGAUGACUAAUUAACUUCAUGUAAUGUCCGAGCGAACUGAAGGUGGGCUCGGGAAACUUCCAGCCACCCGAGGUGCCUCAGUAGUAUAGAGAAUGGGGGUUCUACAUCCAGCAUGAGCUCCACCUUUGAAUUUACCAUAUGAGUAAAUUCUUAAACACGUCCGAAUUUAUCAUUAUGAUAAAUUUGCGGCACUACAUUUUGAAUUUAUCAUAAUAAUAAAUUCGCGGCACCUAACACUAACCCUAACCCCAACCCCAACCCUAACCUCUAGCUACUAACCCCUAACCCCUAACUUUUUAAACUUUUUUAAAAGUCUAACUUUUUAAACUUUUUUUGCUUUUUAAAACUAUUUAAAAACUUUUUUAAAAACUAUUUUUUUGAAAAUCCAGAAAAUAUCCAUACCCCGCACGAUCAGCUUCCCUUUUAGUGCCAUUACAUUUAUAGCAAGAAGUCUUGUCUAAUGCUUGUGGUUUUACGAUUAACUCUAUUGAUCAAUUCAAAAAGUGCCGCGAAUUUAUCAUAAUGAUAAAUUCGGACGUGUUUAAAAAUUUACUCAUACAGUAAAUUCAAAGGUGGAGCUCAUGUUGCGCCGGUUUGAGAACGGGAAUCGUUAGCCUUUGCUUUCAUUCCUGUCAUCUUUGAUGACAGUCUCAGGCACAGAGUGUAAAGUCGCCCAGAAAUAAAAGAUGAUCACGUACAAUCAAAGUAGGCAAGUAAAUAUAAUUUUAAAAUAUAAAAUUCAUUACAAAUUUUACUGUGUAGUAUAUUCUAUAAUUAUAUUUUUACUAUAUACUAAUACACGUCUGGGCCGCCUGUGAUAAUACUCUAAUACUCUAUGAUGAAUUGCUGAACCACACAUAUGCGACACGUGCGUGUUUGGCUUUCUAAAUAUGGAAAUGAUUAUAGGGUUCAGAGGACAUGGAAAAGACGGAGUGUGGAGUAUGGAGUGCGGAGUACGGAGUCUGUCAAAACAUUUAUAUUUCUUAAAGAUUGGAUUUUAAUGCGACUCCGCCUUUUCCACCUUAUGGGCGCAUUAAUUAAGUAGAAAACGCGAAGUUUAUAUCUUAAUGCGUCUCCGCGUUUUCCACUUUACGUCCCCAUACACUUGCGAUAUCUUUCUCAAUUUGAAACUUUGCACUAUCCUUGGAUCCCUAGUUGUUCUUCGGGGAAAAGAUUUUUGACAAAAUUCCCUCAAAACCCUUACGCAACAAAAAUUUCCGCCAUCUUUUUCCUCAACCAUGGACCCUAGCUUACGUAAUGGUCCAUGGUUAAAUAGACAAUCAGAAUGCUGGAUUUGUAAUGAUCCGGCAGGGUUGAGUGUAUACUUAUAAGGGAUGAUCCUUAGAGAAAACAGUUUAGAGCUGAUGGAGCUAUCCAGACCAGUACAAAUAAAGUUAGUUUAGUUUAGAUUUCCUCCUGUAGUAACACCGAAUCAACUUGUCAAUAAGGGAUGAGCCCUUCAGGACCUCCAGGGAGGAUAAUUUAGAGCUGAUAUAGAGUAUCCAUCCUAAAUAAAGUUAGUCUAUUUUUUAUAGAUUUCCUCCUGUAGUGGUAACAUUGGGUCUAAAUAGGAGUGGCCCUCUCUGGAGAGGUCAAGAGAGAAGAGUUUAGAACUGACAGAGAAUCAGUAGAAAAUAAUAAAGUUUGACAAGAGAUAACAUUACAUAUGUACAAUGCAUAAAAAUAACUGUAAAUAAUGUUGAAUCACAAAACUAUAACAGUGAGUCUAGACUAAUAAUCAUCUUUCCACACAGAUUGUCUGUAUUUAAACGGCAGCAGUUACCAUGGCAACAUAUCUGUGACAGCCUCAGGUAUUCCGUGUCAAUCAUGGACAGAACAAUGUCCACAUCGUCAUACCAUGAACAAAACAUAUCCAGAACUAAAUAACGCUAAGAAUUAUUGUCGAAAUCUUAAGAACUCAGGACAACGACCUUGGUGUUUUUUAAGUUACCACAGACAGGAAGAAGAGAUGGGAGUACUGUGAUAUCCCUAAAUGUAUACCAGGUAUAUAGAGUAAUAUUGUACUGUUAUAUCCCUAAGUGUACACCGUGUGAGUUGAUGAGAAUUUUUGAAAAGUAAUGCCCAGUCAACUCUCACCAACUCUCACGUAACUCUCGAACUUGUUCUCGUUUGAUCGGGACAUCAGAUUUGAUCAAACUCUCCUGCAAAAUCGCACUUGCUCAGGCCUGCAAAUUAAUCGGACAUUGUCCGGCCAAAUUUUGCCUUUUGUCCGAUCAAAGCCUUUUGUGACCGGAAAUGUGAUCGACCGAUUUAGGCCAGUCAAUUAGUCAUAAAAAUUAGGCUAGUCAUAAAAAAUUAGUCUUAACAGUUCUUGAAAGGAAUAUAAACAACGUCCAUUGCCUCAUUAAGCCGUAAGAUUUAGUUACCAAUUACAAAUUAAUCUAAAUCGUCUUCGCGUAGCAUGGUAGAAAUUAUAGUUAUGUAUAACCUGAACCAUAACUUACUGAUGAUGAUGAUGACUUACUUUGAUGCCGAUCGACCAAGAACUUGGAAAUCUUUGUGUACAAAGUGUCGCUCCUUUGACAUUACUUGUUGUUCGUAAACGUGUAAACUGUAAAAAUUAGUAUAAAAGACAAAAGACGGUUCUAGCCAAAUAACACUUUAAGUUAGAUUAAUAAACAUGUAAAUGUUAUGCAUGUUAGUAGAAAUAGUUUUUGUGGGACUUAAUUGGAUCUUAUUUAAGAUCUGUUGUCCUUUUCCUUCAAUCAUUUGUUAAUAUAUGUUAUAUUGAUUGUAAAGUUAAUAAUAAAAAAAAAUAAUAGAAAAAAUAAUUCAUUAGGGACCGCUCAUUAUUUAUUGUACAGGGGGGAUUGAGGAGAAACUGGGGGAGCUUUAAAUUUUUUAAAACCUGUAGGGGGGCCUUUGAUAAAAUACAGAGAGAUAAAAGAAGGGGGGCUUCGAAAAUAUUUACCAGUUUGAAAAUACAUUAGUAGUUUUAAAAAUGUAUCACAAAACAACUUAACAAAUAACAAUGUUUGUAGACCUUCAAUAUUCAUAAAUGGAAGCCAAAUAAAAAGUCUCUUAUGUUCAUGUAAAUAGACAAUCCCCAUUAUAGACUAAUUUUAGAACUAGGCAAAGAGAUGCACGUCAAGGCCGGAUUUUGGUGAAAAUAGUGGGGGAGGUGGAAAAAAAUUUUAGGGGAGGUGCAGCGGUCUAGCUGACAAUUCCCAUGGAAAGUUAGGGCUUAUUGUAGAACAGGCCAAUAUCAACGAGGUGAGGUAUGCCUGUAGUGUACAUAUAUACCAGUGUAUUAAUGAAUUAUGAAUGUAUAUGACUCCAAUCUUGCCCUUCAUUACAAUUGCUACAAAGUUUCUUUCAAAACAUUGCAUUAAAAGGGUACUUGACACAGAGAUGAAUGGCUGUCACUGUUUCAAUUUUACAGAGAAAACUUUCUUACGUCACGAAGUGUAGAUCCUAAGCAACCAUCACAUUUUCACUUUGUUCCAUCAUUGAAACUUUCCCAAGGGGGAGGUGCAUGAUGACCUUUCAGGAGAGGUGGAAAAAUUCUCAGGGUAGGUGCAAAACGAUCUCAGGGGAGGUUCGCAUCUCUCCACACCUCCCCUCAAAAUCCGGCCUUGAUGCAAAUAAGUCACCACAGCUAGAAAGAGCAUACUAAAAUAAGUAAAUUAUUGCAAAGUUUGGUUGCAAAAUGUUGUAAAGGCGGAAAAUAUAGCUUUGCAAAGUUUGCAAAUUUUGUAUACUUUUGUAUUGCAUGCGAAAAUUGCAAUACAAAAGUAUACAAAAUUUGCAAACUUUGGAAGGCUAUAUUUUCUACAUAUUUUACAACAUUUCGCAACCAAACUUUGCAAUUUUACUAAUUUUAGUAUGCCCUUCCCGGGAAUAUACUUUUUUUGCUAAGAUAAAAAAUUAGUCUAUAAUGGGAAUUGUCUAUUGGUCCCCGUUAUCUAUUUUUGUUUCUCUAAAUAAAGAGCUAGAGUUUUAGUUUCUCUAAAUAAAGAUAAAGAGCUAGAGGGGGGACCAAAAUUUAUGUUCUUGUUUUGCCUCUUGGGAGGGGGGGGGCUUUGAAAAUUUUACUUGUCUUAAGAGGGGGGCAACGAAAAAAUAUUAUAACUGUAGAGUUUCUCCUCAGUCUCCCCCUGUACAACAAAUAAUGAGCAGUCCCUUAGGAUUGGUAGUCUGGUAUAGAAGAUAAACUCAGUUUUAGAUGAAUUACAUGCAGUGCAGGUCAACAUGGCCAGCCAAAGUUUUGUCUUGCCGGCAAUUUGCAUGUCCUUUCAAACAAGCGUGCAGUUGCAAACUCUUAUCGACUCCAACAUUUUCGUUUCACCAGGGCUUUAAUCAGAGUGGAUCCCAUAAACCAGUUAUAGUUAAAUUCACCAGCGAAGAAAAUGGAGACACAUCCCAAGCCGAAUUAGUUGGCAGUAUAUACGAGCAUGGUCUGAAAAUAAUCGAAUGUCCUCAAAUAUGAAAAAGACGUAUGAAAUGGUUGUUAGGGGAAAUGUUCCUAUGCCGUUACACGAUCCUUUUCCAAUUAUUGAAAGAAUUAAGGACAUGGCUAAAUAUCUUUGGAAUUACAAUAAAUUACAAUAUCUCCUUUGCAAACGGGAUUUACAAUUUGAAGAAAUGUUGAAAAAAGCCAGUGCAAGAAUGUACAUAAUGCGUGUCUGUAAAUGCUAUAGUUUCCCAAUCAAACAAUUAGUCAUGCUGUUUAACAGUUUAAUUAUGCCUAUAUAAUCACCUAAGGGUUAGAACUUUGGGGAGGCGCAUAUUUCAUUAAAAACAUCAGUCAAAUAGAAAAGAUAAAGAGAUAUUAAUAGAGGCAAGAAUAAACUUUAGGAUAAAAUAAUUCUUAAUAUAUAAAGAUAAUGCAUUCCUGGAAAUUUUGCCAGAUAAAUCAAAAUGACACCUAAGGCCGUGGGUACACAAGUUAGAACUUCCUUUAACAAGAACAGAACGAUUUAAAAGUUCUUAUGUACUGUUUAAACAAAAGCAAGAGUGAUUUAUCAGAUAUAAAACACGAGAGCGCAGAAGCUACGAUGGUUUUAAAUGGCUAAUAAUAUACAAGAAAAUGUAACUUGACUGUGAUUGGUUGGUUUCAGUGCAUUUAUAAUCCCAAACAGCAGUGAAAAUAUCUGUAACAACAGUGCAAAAAUCUGUAACAACAGUGCAAAAAUCUGUAACAAACUGAUCUGAUUGGUGGAAAAACAUUGUGAUGAUAAAAUCAACCAAUCACUUUAAAGCAGUUUAGUUUAAAGAAACGAAUUAAGGUACCAUAUCAUGAUCAGAUUUACUAAGCUUUUCAUUACUUUGACUUUUUCCAAUCAUAAGGAGCGUUCGUAAUGAAGACAUCGACAGUAUGUUUUGACCAGGGCCUUUUUUAAGGAUUUUCCCGUGGGGGGGCAUUUUUUGAAAAGGGAUCUUUCUGUGAGAUAAUAUAUUAGAGGGGGAUAGCAAUGGCUUAAAGCCACGUGUGUGGAAAAUAUACCACGCAUGAAUGGGUGGUCUGGGGGUGUACUCCCCCAGAAAAUUUUUGAAAUUUGACUCCCGGAAAUGUCAUUUCGUGCAUUCUGAGCAUCCAAAUUUGCUCCAAAAUUUAUCCUAACUAUACUUGUAUUUGAAAUAAAUAAAUAAAGGAAGAAACGCACAAAAAGUAAAAAAAAAUUAACCAUCAUUUAUCAUUACUUAUUAGAGGAGGAUAGCAAUGGUCAGGUGUGUGGGGGUGUACUCCCCCAGAAAAUAUUUGAAAUUUGAACCACGGAAAUGCUAUUUCCUGCAUUCUGAGCAUCCAAAUUUGCUCUAAAAUUUAUGCUGUAGUUGUAUUUGAAAUAAAAGAUGGGAAAAUGAAAAAUUGAAAUACAACUGUAGUUGUAUUUGAAAUAAAAGAUGGAAAAAUGCACAAAAAGUAAAAAAGAAUAUUAAUUGUAAUUUAUCAUUACUUAUUAGAGGGAUAAUCCCAAGAAAAUUUUCGAAAUUUGAAACCGUGAAAUGCUAUUUCCUGCACUCUGAGCAUCCAAAAAAUAAAAAAAAAUAUUAACAAUAAUUUAUCAUGGCUUAGUGGUAAAAAAGUAACAAUUUAAAUCGAUUUUGUUAAACAAGAACAAAGGAUAAAGCCUAAAACUUACUUUCCGUUUAUCUAUUUGUUAAUCUUCGCUGGAUUGUUUAUAUAAUUUUAGGAAAAAGGGACUUUUCCUGGGGGGGCAAAAUGUGAUUUCGUGGGGGGGCACAAGGGGGGACUGGGGGGGGCAAAUGCCCCCCCAGCUUGUAUGUUAAAAAAGGCCCUGGUUUUGACCCUUGUGGGAACUUGAACAAGUUGAGUGAACGACAGCUCAGUGAUUGAGCAGAUUUCGAAUAUUUAAUUUAUUGAUAUCGCCAGCAAUGAUUAUCUUGGAAUUUGGUUAAACAGACAGUAUAUGUUCGCAUGUGUCUAUCAAAUAUUCAAAGAUUAGGUCAUUCUCAUUAUAAUCACAAUCAGGAGGGUGGUAUAUAGUUGCAACAUAGACAUGCCAUUUGAGUUUUGUGUGACAACUUUUGUCUAUAAAUAUUCAAAAGGAUUCUCUGAGUUUGGCAUUCCACGCAUCUUCCAAUCGUUUCUACUGAUAGUCGGCAACACCGUCUUUUCUUAUGAUAGAAAAACCAGCGCGACAGACAAGAUAAUCAGGUACUAUUGGUUCCAGCCAUGUUUCGGAAAUAUAACAAUAAUGCGAUAAGAGUUGGCGGUCAAACACGAUAAAAAAUUGCAACCAGUAUCACCAACUACUCGUUUCACCCGGGUUUGUACAGCAUCAGUAAAACUUUACUACCUUUGUUUAGUUGAUGGUAACUACGGCAACUGGUCAUUAAACAGUUUAUGUUCUGUAACUUGUGGUGAAGGUUUUGGAACAUGGACACGAGAAUGUAGCAACCCUGAGCCAAAGUAAGGUGGAAGAAACUGCAGUCAUCUAGGAAAACCUGUUGCCUACAGACCAUGUCUGGCAAACCCUUGUCCUGGUGAGCGAAAUCAAUUUUUUUAUUUAAUGACGGAAAACCUGCGGAAAGAUUGUCCUCCGCUCUCCCGUCCUCUGCAUCUCUUCUUUCAUCCCACUUUCCCCCUCUUCACGAAUACUUUAUCCUCUUUACCCUGCUUUACAACACGAAUAGAAGCACAGAAUAGGAUUAAUCAAUCAAUUAAUCAAUCAAUAAAUCAAGCCUUUGCCAAAAGAAAAAUAAAUAAUGUAACAUGGUGUCCUUUCAUAAAAAUCCUCUUCCAAGGAGUCGUGUAAAAAAGAAAACUACAAAUCUAAAACUGUACAUGCAUUUGAAAUCAAAUUUGAUUAUUAUAUAGAAUCAAAUUUGAUAAUUAUAUAAAGCAUUCCUAAAAGACUGGAUUGAAGUCCUAUUUUUAAAUCAUCAGAAGGAUCACUCAACAAAACUCUCAUUCAAAAAGAACAUUAGCUAAAAACUCCUCUUGCAAGCUUUCGCUCGAGGUCGAUGUGAUAUAGUAUUGUUUAAUCUUCUUAUCAAAAGCAUAAAAUGGAACAGUAACUCAGCAUUAGAAUUAUGUUAACUUAAAUAAACGAGUCAACUAAUUAAUGAGUGCUAUUUUUAUUAUCAUAUCUUUAGUUGACGGUGGUUACAGCAACUGGACUUUAAGCACCUCGUGCAAUGUUUCAUGCGGUGAUGGCGUGGAAACAUGGCGACGAUUUUGUAACAAUCCUGAACCAAAAUACGGCGGUCAUAACUGCAGUGGACUUGGGAACUCAACUGAGUUAAGAAACUGCAGCAGAAAGCCAUGUCCAAGUUAGUUUCCAAGUACAAACAAAUAAACUAACUUUUUAAUAUAUACUGUAUGUUUCUAUAAUUUCCGAAGUCUUCUUCCUAAAAGUGCAGUAAACGUUUUUCACUAUAGCUAUUGAUCCAGUAUUACUACAGGAGGAAAUCCAAGUUAAACAAACUUUAUUUAUACUGGAUAGUUCUAUCAGUGCUAAAUUGUUCUUACUGAAGGUCACAUGCGGAUCAUGUCUUACUGGUCUAGAUGAAAACCAGGAGUAGCUGAAAUAGGUCUGCGGUUUCUGGCUGAAAGCACUUAUUGGCCUGGAUGGAAACCCGGAAUAACUGGAAUAGAUCUGCGGUUUUAGGCUGAAAACACUCUUCUUACACAUUCUAGUCACAUAGGUGCAAGACACCAGCAAGACCUUCUGUUUUUGUAAACGACCGGUUUACGUGUGUUGUGGUUAUAAAAACACGCACAUGCAUUGCCCUUUACCAUUUUAUCCUUAUCCAUCUCUGUUUUCUAGUUGAUGGUAACUAUAGCAACUGGACAAAGUCGUCACCAUGUAGUGUCACGUGUGGUCAAGGUGUUGAAAUAUGGACACGGCGGUGCGAUAACCCACCUGGAAAAUAUGGCGGAAAUUGUAGUAACCGGGAGGCGGCUCAAGAAAUUCUAUUGUGUGAGAUGGAACCUUGUCCAAGUGAGUACAAACAAAUAAAAGAAUAUUCAUUCUGGUUCCCCACCAGGGACGUAUCGACCGGGUGUGUAUGUGUGGGGUGUAACCCCCCCCCCCCCAACUGUGAAACUCGAGCAAAAGCAAGUAAAAUUCAAGCUAAAAUUUUGACAGUUUCAGGUAAAAUUUGCGUAAUAAAUUAAUUAAUUUUGUGAAUCGAUAACCAAUUUUGUAAAAUACAUUCAAUUUACAUCCAAUUUGUUUGCAAAUUUGGUUUAGAAAACGCCAGAAAUUCAGUUAUAGAGCUUCAAAAAUGUACAAAAAUUACCCCCCUUUUCUCCCGAAACUUAGCAUGACAGUGCAAAUCAAUCACAAAAAGGCUUUGUUAGAAUUAUUACACUUCAGGUAAAUUUUUAACAUUGAAAUUCAAAUUUCUGGUAAAAUCCUCCGACCCCCCCAACUUCAGAUCCUUCCCUACGUUCAUGUUCCCCACUACGUUCAUUUCCUAAUAACAAUAGCCCAACUUUACUUCAUUAUUCUCUAAAAAUUGGUGAUGAUUCCAAAAGACGAUAAAGAUCAACUAGCAAGGCAGUUCGAAUUUUUGAGAACGUGUCAAAAUAACGCGUUCUUGGUGGAGAUAAAAUUAUAAUACUCUUUUCGAUAAUAAUUAUGUACGAAUUUUUCCUUGGUAUGGGAACUUCGCUCUCAUGAAUCAGCACGAAAUUAAAAUUUACGAGUGCACUAAAACUUGGUUAGUUCCAGCCUAAACCCUAAUUAUUAGGUUUCAGGCCGGAACUGAUAAAAAAAUUAGGAACUAGACUAUAAAGUUCAUUCAAUGAUGAACCUGAACAAAAUAUUUGAACAGAUGAGUUUGAUCCUGGAAAGGGAUAAGUAACAUAAUUGUCAAAUGAACUCAGUUCCGCCUACCCUGGCAGCAGAGGCUUUCUUGUGUCAGGUGACAAGGCGAAGGAAACCUCUUGGAGCGGCAGGUGGAAUUGCAUUUACCUGACGUAAUUUAUUAAUAUAUAUUUCACGCUUGCGGUCUAUUUCCAAGCUAGGCUACUCUGCGUCUGAGUGCAGGCUACAUGUUCAGCGAAAGAGGAAACCCUCUGAUCCAGGGUAGGUUACCUGGAACUUUUAAAGUAUAGGUUCUAGCGCUUGCGUAACAAAGCUGAUGACAAUGAGGAGUUCUAGCUGCUAAUGACCAGGCGCCGGUUUUACGAAGGCCCCAUAACCUUCGAAUGGUGAAUUUUUCAACCUUUCUAAAAUUGUCCUAACGGUAGUAUGUGCAAACUGAAGUUUUAUUUUACUAAGGGUUCAUGUGGGUACUUUAGUUGUUUUUGAAACAGUUUUACGGUUGAAAAAAACAAUAUCCGAUGGAUAGCCUUCUCUGGUCUUCAUAGGCUACAACCCGCCCCCUUGUAUUAUGUAGUUUGCAAAAAGUGUUAAUAUUAUUGGCGCGACAAAGUGGAAGGUGUUAAAAAGAAGUAAAUCUUCAUUCAAAUGAAAAAAACGAUGUUUAAUUUAAAAAUUUUAGCUCACUUCGACUCCCAGAUGAUUGGUAUCACCACUGCUGCUGCUGUUUUUGUGAUGGUUGUAGCAGUUGCAUGUUUUAUUUUCAUUCUUAGAAGACAUCGUCGAAAAAAAGGUGAGAUUAAGUUCUAAUUUGAUUUUUAUUAGUCUUUCUACAAGAUCUCCAUUUUGGAAUUUGAAUUCACUAGGCUCUCCUUAUGACGCCCGUUUGGAUUUUUUACUGCAACAUUCCCGCGAUGCUCAACAGCUGGAAGGCAACAAUACUUCAGGAGAAGCGAGUUCAUCACAAGAGGCUGGCACUAGCGAUAGAUAUUGGAACCUCACAGUUGACGGGAAUCCUGUCCCAGGGCUCUCGCGUGGGGUGGUGCGCUACGGAAAUGGCUACGGAAAUGAUUACAUGAACACAAGACCCGCGAGAAAUUCAUGGUAUGAUAAACUUCAGGUAAUUCGACCAUUAGCUAUGGAGUGGAUUCGAAACGUGUGGGGGAAUAUCGACGAGUUUGGCCGCCAUGUUUAUGACGUCAUGCACCACGUCCGACAUGUUCCUUCCCCAUACGACAAGUUGGGCAGAAUAACUCAUGUUGACUCGGCUGGAAGUGGAAUGGGGACGAUCGCGAGUAAUAGUACUUACGGCACAUUGGAAAGAGGCGCAGCAGUUAUAUUGCCUUCCGGAAGUGAGUGCUCGUCAACGACAGAAAAUGUUUAA